AUGGCGGCGAUGGAAGCCGCCGCCGACGCUAUGCUCGCCGCCGCGAGCCGCGCCUUCACGAGCACCUUCGCCAUCGCCAUUCAGAUCCAGGGGUGCUGUAUCUGUUUAGUUCUUGCUCUCGGGUGGGCGGCUGCUUCAAUUGUCAGAAAAAGGGUUAUAAAGAACAUGAGGCGCAACAUUGUAGAUGGAAAUAGUUUUGCUUUUCUUUGUGACAACAUAGAUGAGCUUGAGCACUCUGUUCAGGAGAAUUUACCUAGAGUCUCUGUAAUUAUGCCUUUGAAGGGCUUUGGCGAACAUAAUUUGCAAAAUUGGCGAACUCAGAUUACAUCACUUUAUGGGGGGCCACUGGAAUUCCUGUUUAUCGUAGAGAGCAAAGAUGAUCCGGCUUAUCAUGCUGUUUCCCGUUUGAUCGCAGAGUACAAGGACAAUCUGGAGGCGAAGGUGGUUGUGGCUGGGUUGUCAACAACUUGUAGCCAGAAAAUUCACAAUCAAUUGAUCGGUGUUGAGAAGAUGCACAAGGAUACCAAGUAUGUCUUGUUUCUUGACGAUGAUGUGAGGCUGCAUCCUGGGACUAUCGGAGCUCUCACAAAAGAAAUGGAGAAGAAUCCUGAGAUAUUUAUACAAACUGGAUAUCCCCUUGACUUACCUUCUGGCAGUUUGGGCAGCUAUUGCAUAUAUGAAUACCACAUGCCUUGCUCGAUGGGAUUUGCAACUGGUGGGAAGACUUUCUUCUUGUGGGGUGGCUGUAUGAUGAUGCAUGCUGAUGAUUUUAGGCAAGACCGAUAUGGUGUUGCCAGUGGAUUAAGAGAUGGUGGUUACUCAGAUGAUAUGACACUCGCUGCAAUAGCAGGACAGCACAAAAGGCUCAUAUCUUCACCUCCUGUUGCUGUGUUUCCACACCCUCUUGCCAGUGAUCUUAGCUUCUCCAGAUACUGGAAUUACCUCAGGAAACAAACUUUUGUUCUUGAGUCAUAUGUAUCGAAUGUCAACUGGAUGAUGAACCGUGCAUUAUUUACAAGUCAUUGCUAUCUGUCAUGGGGGUUUGUCUGUCCAUAUAUUAUGGCUUUGGUCCAUGUUUUAGCUGCUCUUCGAGCACCGUACAACAAAGUUGUAAAGGAAGCAUCCGAUUCAUCUUGGGGUUUGUUCCUAGUGGGACUCUUGUUCAUAUGCACUCUCAUCGAGCUUGUUUCAAUGUGGAAUUUGACAAAAGUGGAAAUUCAACUAUGCAAUAUGCUGUCUCCUGAAGGACCAAAAGUAUCUCUUGAUUCAUACAAUUGGGGGCUUGUGUUCAUUGCUGUGUUGGUAGACAAUUUCCUCUAUCCAAUAUCUGCAUUCAGAUCACAUUUCUCCCAAUCAAUCAAUUGGUCUGGUAUCCGAUACUACUUGAGAGAUGGGAAAAUAAGCAAGAUCGAAAGAGAGAACAGUUCGAAGUAUACUGAUCUUGGAGGGAAGCAUCUAUAUGGCAAGAGGACAUACCCUCCUAAUAAAUCAUUGCUUGGUUACCUGUCAAGAACUCUAGUGCAAUGGCAUCAGCCAAAGAAAUAUGACGUAUAG